AUCUCGGAAGGGAGGAAGGCGUACCCUUUCUCUCCCCCUCUCUCUCACAUCCUCUCUCACAAUCCCUGUGUUUGGGCAACCGGUCAGAGAGCAAUGCUCUCUGCAAAACUGGUCGCAAGUAGACGAGCAAAACCUAAUUUGGAGGGAAACCGAAGAGUUAUCAACUAGUAGGCUAUGCCGGCGUCUGUCGCUCCGUAACCCGCAAACUAAUCCAACUCCGUUAUGCAGUGGCUUCCACAUGAACACCAGCUCGUUCUCCCUCGGUUUUCGGAUUAAGCCGCUAUAGAGCUCUCGUGACACACGCACUCUGAGCACGGGCGUUCCCGCGGGUCCUCAGCGGCCAACGGAAGGGUGGCAGGAGAGUGGAGAAAAAGGAGGAGAAAGGGAGAGUGUAGAGAGGGGGGGGGGGAGAAUAGCGACACUGCUUUAAAGGUUUUGUACGCCAGAAAACACUAGGCUUACAGUGAGUGAAAAGGAAAACAUCGCUGUGUCAUUUUGUUCCCGUUUUAUUUUUGUGUGGAGAAUAGACGGAAGAGAGAAGAGCGAGACGCCAUCAGUGUCAACUGAAAGGACUCUGCAAUUGGCCGCAGCCCUCCACUGCCUCAGCCUCACGGAACAGCGAUGGAGGGAUGGAGUGGAAAACGGAGGCAGGGGAGUAAUGAGAAAGGGUGUGAAGGGAUGGAGGAGAGGGAAAGAUUGAGAAUAGAGAAAGCAAGAUGAAGGGACAGUGUUUUGUUUCUAAUGUAGGCACAAUGAUAGGUAACCAAUCCCGCUCAGUGGCUUGCAGAUGAUGUAGCUGUUUAGUGAAAACGAUGUUUCAGUCGCUAUCUAUUAUUGUAGUAGGCUGUUUAUGUUUUGUAGGCUAGACGGAGAAGCUGGAUAUCCUCCAUGGAAAUGCAUGGCAAUGUGGAAACAAAUAUCAGUAUGAUAAAUUACUGAAUACUGAAAACAAAAGGCAUGCUUUGCUCAUGUAUGUCGAAUAUUCUGUAUAUUGUCAAAUAUGGUCUAGUCUAAGCUAAUACAAAAUAAAUAUGUAUUGUUAAAUGUUUAAUCCUAAAAAAUAGCAUGGGACAGCAAUAGGUGAACGAUUAUAACGUUUGGGUAAUUAUGUACUUCUUCACGUUUAUAGAUUUCUGUGACUCACCUAUGCAUGUACGCACGCAGCAUGCGAGCACACACGCGCACACACACACAACACACUAUAGAUUAGUUGUGGGAGUGUUUGUAUGAUGGGGUGUCUGGCUUCUAGGCAUGGCAUUUUACUCUGGCGCCAGACAACCAGGCAGAGGUGAGUAUGAUAGACAGAGAUAGGAAGAACGAGAGAUAGAGGGGUUAUAAACAGAAGGAAAAGAGAUGAUGGUGAGAAGGAGAGAGAGGAUGGUGGGUGGGAGUGAGAUGAGGUUGAGAGGGAGAUUAGUGUUGUGGUGUGAAGGAGUUAUUCCAUUUCCAACAUGGCUGACUCAAUGAGCAGAUAACACAACAUCAGUCUAUAACGACUACAUACUGACCGGAACUCUUUGCUGUGUGUGUGAGAGAGAGAGAGAGAACACAGUAAGACCUGCGUUAACUCCUUCAGGAUGGCGGAGAUUUCGCAGCAGGAGCGAAUUCAGGCCAUUGCUGAGAAGCGGAAGAGGCAAACAGAGAUCGAGAACAAGAGGAGACAGCUGGAAGAUGACAGAAGACAGCUUCAACACCUCAAGUCUAAGGCUCUGAGAGAGCGUUGGCUGUUGGAUGGGGCUCCAGAGGAGGAUGAGACUCUAAGACGACUUCAGGAGGAUGAAGAGAGGACUAAGGCAUUAGAGAGCAGCAUCCUCUGUCUGGAGCAGGAGAUUGAGGAGCUGGAGAAUCCUGUUGUGACCAGAGAAAGCAGAGGAAUUAAUGGAGUAGCACAGAAUCAGAGUCCUCGGAGAGAGCUCACUGGAGUAGAAGCCAAGCUGUUGGGUCCCAGUCCAGACAAGGCCAGCGCCGACAAUCCAGUCACUCUGGUCUUCAUGGGCUAUAAGGCCCUGGAGGGUGAGGCCGGGAGAGAGGCCGAUGAGGCAGGGGGCACAGAGGAGGGAGGAGGCUCGGUCAAGGCAGAGUUUGUGGUGCUGCCGGACGGAGAAGGGAAGGGGGUAGGAGACGGGGGGACGGAGACUCAGGCGGCGGCCAAUGGGAGUACAGGUGAGAAGGGGGACGUAGGGGAGACAAAUGGUGGAGGAGGGGAGGAGGGAGAGAAAGAGAAAGAGAAGAAACAGAGUUGCAAGUGCUGCACAGUCAUGUGAGUGUCAUAGACAGGAAGACGUGCGUGCGUGUGUGUGUGUGUGUGUGUGUGUACGCAUGCGUAUGUUAGUCCGUCAGAGUGAGAAACCUGAGCGUGUAUGCGUGUCUGUGUGUGAUCACACACUUAUCAGGACUACAACAAAAACCAACAGUCUGACUCCUGCCAAGCAGCAAGAAUUCCAGCCAACACAUCAGAGACUCUGUACUACUACAGUACUACUGUGUACUGCUGUAGUAGUACUACAAAAACCUACAAACAAGGACAACUGACACUACUACUGUAUGUUCUAGUACUACAAUAACAGUGGAACCCAAUUCCCUGUAAUACCUUUUUGGCCAACAUCCAACCACAUGGGGCCAGUUGCAGGGGGGAGGGGGACAUUUCAGAUGCAGCUAGUACCUAGAGACAGAUCAAACUAAAGCAUCACUGCUAUGUGCUUCUACAGUGCUACUAUUCACUAGGAUGUAUUUCUUCUGAUAUGGAUUAUUCUUUUUAAUUUGAUUGAUAUUUUUAUAUUUUCUAGUCUUGACAUUUAUAACGUAUUCUGUGUGUGUGUGUGUGUGUGUAUCUUUAUUCAGUUAAUAUGAUCUAUAUUGUUAAACUGGAUGUGCCGUCGUGUUAUGGUUACAAAGAAAAUGUAGCAGGUCUUUGCAUUGUAAUGUUUCUGCUAUCGGACCAUCUGGAAAGUCGUUGUAUUUUAGUCCAGAAUAUGAAGAAAUCAUACAUUUUGUAUAUUUAUCUGUGUAAGUAUUUAUCGGUCAGUUUCAUAUUACUAUAUUGUCUCUGUAAGAUCAUUUUACAGUGUGAACAGUAUUCAAAUAUAUUGAUAUCAAGUUUUAUACAAUUUAUUUAUUUGUUUUGGUUGUUGCCAAAGAGCCACACUGCAUGCUAUCUCGUAUCAUCAUCAACAAUAGAUACAUCAAUAAAUCAGUUCAUUCAUGAACCAACCAACCAAUCAACAAACCACAUCCUGUCAGCUGGUGCAUUUCAGAUAUUUCUGUUUUUAAGCCAGCAUGUCAUGUUCUAAUCUCUAUUUUUAACUCACGUCACAUAUUCUCACCUUUAGUCAACUAUGUAUCUGUGCUCAUCUCAUCAGACUCACUAUGACACUGUGCAAACUCAUAGCCAUAUUUCACUGUUUUCAUUUUCUAAAAAAGGAUGGUUUGGUUCACUGUGACUUAACCCAGACAAUGUUUUAAUGCUUGCUGAUGCUUAUUCAUUUUGUUCAGUCUGUGAAAAGUCAAUGUUGAGUCGUCUGAUGUAGCAUCAACGCUAACUCUGAUUAGUGUUCCUAUUAAUCGUAAUACAGAUCAGGUCUGAUCAGUAUCAUUGAAUUAUUAUAUCGAUCAUCAAGACAUGCUAAACAUGAAUGUAAUAAUGGGUUCUAAUGGGAUUGUAAGGAAGGUGAAAGCUGCCAUCAACAGAAUAAACUUUCCAUUCCCAGUGUC